UCUGACUGACACCACCACAUUUCCAUUUUUGGCAAUCCACCAUUUAUGUGUCCAAAAAACCAACACUGUAGCAACCACUCUCCUCAUCUCCCAUUCUCCUCCUCUCCCUCUCCCUCUCCCUCUCCCUCUCUCUCUCUCUAUCUCCUUUUUUUUUUUCUUUUUUUUUGAAUAUCCUUUUCCAACCCUCAUUGGGGCCUCCAAGGUGUUGCUCCUCACACUCCCCACUUUCCACUUCUCAUUUCCUAUUUUGGAGAAUUUUUCACUCCCUCAUUCUUAAACUGGGUGUCUCUUCUCUCCCUGAGGGACCCAGUUGAGGGGUGAGGAGGUGUUCCAAAGAUGGAAUCCAUUUUCUCAGCAACACAAAGUGUUCAUCAAAACUCUUGGUUCUUUGGGUCCACAGGAUAUGUGAUAGAUCCUUCAAAAUGCAGUGAGCUGAGUUUGGCGGAGAAGAGAGACCUAGUGCAUGAAAUUUGCCGGUGGGCUGAAAAUGCUCCCGAAAUUCUCCAGUCUUGGAGCCGGAAAGAGCUUCUUCAGCUAAUCUGUGCCGAAAUGGGUAAAGAGAGGAAGUACACUGGUGUUACGAAGCCAAAAAUGAUUGAACUUCUCCUUAGGCUCGUUUCACAGAACAAUAGGAAAAGGAAUGAAGAUAUAGGAGGCAAUAAUCAAACUGGACUAGGAAAGAAAAGGAAGAAGGAAUACCCACUAGAGCUUGCUAUCAAUCUACAACAAGAAUCUAUAAAGAGCAAAGAACAGCAAGUUGAUAAAUUAAUUUGUCAAAAUGUUGCUUGCCGAGCCAGUUUGAGUAAGGGGGAUGCCUACUGUAAAAGGUGUUCUUGUAGCAUUUGUUUUCAAUAUGAUGACAAUAAGGACCCAAGCUUAUGGUUAGUUUGCAGCUCUGAACCACCUUAUUCCGGUGAGUCGUGUGCAAUGUCAUGCCACCUUAAAUGUGCUCUAAAGCACGAGAAGACUGGGAUUUUGAAGAACGGGUGCAAUUACGAGUUGGAUGGAAGCUUUUACUGUAUUUGCUGCGGGAAGGUGAAUUGGCUAAUCAGGAGCUGGCGAAAACAACUAGCCAUUGCCGGGGAUGCAAGAAGAGUUGAUGUACUAUGUGAUCGGCUAUCUCUAGUUCACAAGAUGCUCAAAGGAACUGAACGAUACAAGGAACUCGAAGAUAUAGUCACUACCACUGUGAAGAAACUCAAGAAAGAAGUUGGUCCACUCGAUAAGGUCUCGACGCUUAUGGGAAGAGCCAUAGUCAACCGGCUUAAUUGCGGAGCAGAGGUGCAGAGGCUGUGUUCUGCUGCUGUGGAAGCUGUGGAUUCCAUUCUUUGUAGCACAACAGAACUCGGGGCGCUUACUAAUGAGCUAAUAGCCCCAGGUUUACUCAAUGCUGGUCCUCAGCUCUUUCAGAUCCAUUUUGAGGAAAUUUCUCCAUUCUCAGUGGCUGUAUCUCUGCAGUCAUUAGAUAAUAUGUUUGAAGAAAAUAUAAUCGGUUGCACAAUGUGGCAUCGAUGCUCUAAUGUUCUCGACUAUCCUGAAGAACCAACCUGCUUAAUUCUAAGGCCAGAAAGAAAGGUAGUGAUAUCAGGCUUAACCCCAUCGACAGAAUAUUAUUUCAAAGUCAUUCCUUUUAGCAGCACUAAGGAGUUAGGUAAGUGGGAGGCCAAGUGUUUAACACAAAACCUUGAUAAAAUGAGCGGUCAAUGCUCAACUAGAAACUCAGAGAGCACGUAUGUUCACGAAGAUUCGCUCUCACCCAUGAAAAAAGAACAAUGGCUAGAGAAGCAGUCCAGGUUCAUGGAAUCUGAUUCACAGAAGGGCUCGACUAACUCGAGUGAGUUUAUUAACUCAGCACGGAAAAUAACUAAGUUCACCCUAUCGACGAGCGAUAAUGAUGUUGUGCCUUUGGCAAUGGCAUGCAAAUCAGAUAGGCUUAAUAUCAAUAAUGGUACACCAGAUUCCGCUCAUAAGAAGGAUCAAGCAGAGCAACAGUAUGAGUACUGUGUUAAGGUGAUAAGGCGGCUGGAGUGUGAAGGGCACAUGGAGAAGGAAUUUAGGGUGAAGUUUCUUACUUGGUUUAGCCUAAAAGCAACGGCGCAAGAGAGGCGGGUGGUGAGUGCUUUUAUAGACGUGCUGAUCGAUGAGCCGGCGAGUUUGGUCGCGCAGCUUGUAGAUGCUUUCAUGGAUGGGAUAUGCAACAAGGAGAAGCCCCCCGCGCGAAAGGGCUUCUGCACUACACUUUGGCAUUGAAUGCUUGCUUAUCUUAGUAUUCUUAGUGCCUCUUUUGGUCUCCUGUCACAUCUCCUAAUCCUAAUUUCUUCUGUUUGAGAUUUAAGGGGAAAAAAAAAAUCGAAUUUAACUCAUUUGGCUAAUUCAUGAUUAUCAUUUUGGUUGUAAGGUGAAACUUUCUAAUUAAAAUGGAUUGUGACAUGUGUUUUACAUGUUGAUUC